AUCCUGGGUGGGGGAAGAACCAGGGGCAUUGAACAAAGGUUGACUGCGUCGGUCGAGGAACCGGCGCCGCAUUCACGAUUCAAACAUGGCAGCGGCUACCAGCGUUGUCGUGCUCGACAGGGGCAACAAUACCACCUGCACGAUUAAUUUACACGGAGCCACCGUGGUGUCCUGGCGAGUGAAUAAUCAAGAACAACUGUUUGUUAGUAAGCAGGCCGUCUUUGAUGGGAAAAAGGCAAUUAGAGGAGGCAUUCCAUUUGUUUUCCCGCAAUUUGGAGCAUGGACGUUUGGACCACCUCAUGGUUUCGCCAGGAUCGUACGUUGGAACGUGGAAAAGUCACCUGAACGGUUGCCCAGCGGGGAUGUUGAGGCAAUAUUCUCCAUCAUGGACAGUGAAUUCACUCGGUCGAUGUGGAAUUAUCCCUUUAAAUUAACGUACAGGCUAAUUCUUCGAGAGAAGGAAUUACAUUUCAACAUCGGUAUAUACAAUCCCAGUAAAGAUCAUACGUUUAGUUUCAAUUUGUUGCUGCACACCUACUUUAAGGUGCCGGACGUUAGACGAUGCCAGAUUACAGGCCUCCAUGGAUGCACAUUUAUCGAUAAGACAAGGGACAAUCAAAUCUUUCAAGAGGGUCGCGACGUGGUGACCGUAUGCGAAUGGACAGAUAGAAUUUACCAAAAUACACAACCGGAACACAUAAUUACUAACGUUGUGUCCGGUAGGAAAAUGCGAGUACAAAAAUAUAAUUUUCCCGACACGGUGGUGUGGAACCCUUGGCAAGAAAAGGCUCGAGACAUACCCGAUUUCGGUGAUGAUGAAUUUCCAAACAUGAUAUGCGUUGAAAGUGGACACGUUAGCAGCCCAGUCAUAUUACUACCAGGAACAGCCUUCGAGGCCAGUCAGAUUUUACAGGUAAUGUGAGUAGAGGGUGGAUCAAUGUCACACACAACAGCCGUAAAUAAUGGAAACUCGCUGCUCCCGAUCUCCGCCGCAUCAGGUACUGUUUGGUCAACUAACGCCGGGUGGUUGUAUAUGCCACCACCUCCACCACAGCCACCAUCGUCACCGCUACCGCCUCCACCGCCGCCACCACCACCGCCGUCACCAACACCGCCACCUCCAUCAUCACCGCCACCACCACCUCCACCCCCACCACCACCAUUACCAUCACUGUCACUGCCACUAUCACUACCACCAUCAUCUUCAACAUAUCCAUCGCAUUUGCACGCGCAUUGUAUCGCUCAAACUUGCACUAUAUGUUCUCUUAAUCUCUAAAAACGGUAUCUUGAAAAUCGAAUGGAAAAGAGACGCUUAUUCGAUACUUGAUCGCUUCCAUUGUUUCCUCUCUUAUUAUUUUUGGUAUUAGUAACUUUAAUCCUAAUUGCACGGAUUGUAGUUGAUUAUUUAUAAUAUGUAAGUAUCUAAAUUUCAUGUUGAACAAAAACAGUUGAUCAGAAAACAGAAUAAUUGAUGAAGAUGCAAGUAUUAUUACUUUAAAAAAAUGUUUAGAAUGAACUUCAUUUUGUUAGUUUUCAUUGCCUGAUAGUAUUAUUAUGCAACGGAAUUAAAUGUAAAGAAAAUGCAUCUUAUAGGCGUACUUUAAAAGACAUGAUAAAUAGUGAAUUUUGAUAUUUUGCUGAUUGUUAAUAGGUUUAAUAACAAUUACCGUUCUUUUCUUUGAUAAACUGCAAUUUCUUUCCUUCGUUAUUGCACAAAGAGAUACUUUUAAUUAUCAUGUAUCGUACUAUGUUACUAAUAAUUUUAAAUUCUAUUAUCUCAUAUAGCGUGCAAUUACAGAAAUACUUGUACAAGUGUUUCAAAAAUAUGAAUAACAAAUGUUAUUGAAUUUACAUUAAGCACUUAAAACAGUAUGGUUAUGGUGCUAAUGUUACAGGUAGAAAGCCAUAAUGAUAUGUAGUAAUUUUAAUAGUUAAGUUUAAUUAGCUUUCCUUAUUAUUAUUAUUCUUAUCUCAAUUUUAGCAGAAAGAAACUUUUGUAAGUUUUCAAAUACACGACCUUCACUUUCUUUCGUGUAAAGGAAUAAAAUCUCACAGCAAUAGUAUAUAUCAUUAAAACAGGUGCAAGCAAAUAUUUAUACCAUACAAUACUAAGUAUUAGUAUAAAAAUGUGUAUACUAAACAUUUGUAAAGAUAUUGUGUUAGCGUUGUAUUCAUUAACUGACUUUAUAGCAACAAAAUCGAUUAUAGAAAAUAUUUACAUUUUCCUAUCCAGUCGUUAACAUUCAAAUAAUUGUACAUGUUAUGAUAGUAUAAAAAGAUCAGAGUAUAAAUCUAUAUUAUAGUAUAAAAAGAAUAUCUUGAUUGUUUGAAGCAGAACACACAUUUUUCUUUAUACACUUAAUUUGUAUACAUAAAUUAAACUUUUCAUACAUACGGAUUAAAUACAUACAUACAUUAACAUAUUGCUCUGUGAAUGAAUAGGAUUUUUAUAUUUCUAUUACAUUUUUCAAACUUAACGUAGUCUACAUUAACUGUUGAAGAUUUCUACAGAUUAAUUAAAUUAUUACACUCUAAUCUUCAAAAACUAUCCAACAUUUAUCAUGAUUCAAUAAUAUGUUUAGGAAACUUAAUUAAAAAUUGUAAUUCUAAUAGUAAUCUCUGUACUGUACUACUGAGAUAUUCUUGUAUAGGUAUAAUCAAUAUGAUAGGUUUUUUAACCAAGGUGUAUAACAUCAAGCAAUUAGAAGUAUCCAUUACUUAGUGCAGUAUGAAACAUGGAACUGUUUAAUGGAGCAUCUUAGACAAAAACUGGAUAUGAAUGUAUCGUUUUUGUAUAUCUGAAUAAUACACAUUCCCGUUGUGUUUAA